AGUUUUACAGUUUGAUGUUUAGAACUAAUGCUGUUUAUUUAAAUUGUUGUCGAAACUGACGUGUUGUUUUUUUUAGCUCGUUUCACGCAUGUUAACAACACAGUUUGAAGUUUAGCCCAUGGUUUUGAAAACACUGGCUUUUUUUAUGAAUGUUUUCUGAAAAACUUGUAUCUCUAACAUCAUCGUUCAAACGGCCUGAACUCUCCAGGACUGCCCUCAGCCCCCCGUCGGAGAGGAUGGCACAGGAGACCAACCAGACGCAGGUGCCCACGCUGUGCGCCAUGGGCUGUGGCUUUUACGGAAACCCACGCACCAACGGCAUGUGCUCCGUCUGCUACAAGGAGCACCUGCUGAGGCAGCAGGGCCGGAGCAGCCCCCCGGCGGCCUCCUCCCCCUCCUCGGUGGUCAGUGGGUCCGGGGGGUGCAGUGUCUCGGGGGAGAGCACCCCAGUCCAGUGCACAGAGGGGAGCCCCGAGUCUGAAGAGAGCAAGACCAGCACCCCCAGUCCCGUCACUCAGCAGAUGACAGCGAUGAGCAUCUCCCGGGACGACAGCACGACUGAGCCGGAGCGAGGGGGCAAGGAGGUGGAGCAGCAGCAGCAGCAGGAGGAGAAGGUGGAGGGCGGAGCAGCCAAAUCAACAGGUUGCUCUGGAGCAGUUUUGGAAGCGGCGCAGUGUUCCUCUGAAGGGGAGGAGAAGACACCAGACAAGGCGAAGAAAAAGAACAGGUGCUUUAUCUGCAGGAAGAAGCUGGGUCUAACAGGAUUCGAUUGCCGCUGCGGGAACCUGUUCUGCGGGAUCCAUCGCUACUCUGACGAGCACAGCUGCCCGUACGACUACAGGGCAGAGGCAGCAGAGAAGAUCCGCAAGGAGAACCCCAUCGUGGUGGCAGAGAAGAUCCAGAAACUGUGAAAACGUUACGUUCCCGUGCAAAAAAAAAAACAACUAAACUAAACAAUACUGACAAUGAAACAAACCUGAGGACGAAACAAGUCGUUGUGGCACAUCUUGAGAGAACCCGAGAAUGCUUUCCUGUACUAACUAGGGGCGUCCGCAGCGGGGGCACAGGACAAAUGGACAACGAGAUUUUUAAGAAAAACAAACAACAAAAAAACUGAAAAGAUGUGUGUGUAUAUAUAUUUAAAAAAUCCCCAAAACACACAAAAAAAUCAAGAGCGAGAGAUGCAGUAUGCUUUUACCUUUUUGAACUUGGGGAUGAUGAUGCAAAUGUGUUUCGUGUGAAAAGGGAGCUCCUGAGUGUGGUUUGAAACUUGAUGCUGAGAAGAGAAUGGGGGUGUGUGUGUGUUUGUGGGGGGGGGGGGGGGGGGGGGGUUAGACUGGCAUUAAUAUGUGACUAAACUAUUUUUUAAAAAAAUCCGCUUAAGAGAUCCGAUGGAAAUUGGGACAUUCAGCAUCAUCGGCUGCUGGUACAAAGUUUGAAUGUGAGGAACAAGGUCUGGGAAAGAAAGCAAAUUGUGAUGGUGUAACUAGAAACAGCAUUGCAUUGUUUAGCAGUUAUAUUGACUUUCUGACAAGCCAGAUAUAUAACCUGCACUUACGUUAUCAUAUCUACGAAGGCAGACUUUGGACUGGUGUAAACUGGAGAGAGGAAGCUCCUUUUUUUCUCCACAGAACUCUACAUCCUGCUUGGCUUGUGUAACAGGUUACAAGAUCCUACCUAAAGUCUUCACACUUCAGUUCCAUGCUGACCAUAAGAAGCCAUGUGAGGUCAGGUGGGAGCCUUUGACUUGUAACGCAGGGAGGAAGCUGGAGCGAGGAAGCCGUGUGCUGCCGCCAGACAUUUAGUGCUGCAGCAGGGCAGAGUGACCACCGGUGUUAAGAUCAAAGACUUGUUACUGCACCUUUUAUAAAGUACAUAUUUAAUAUAAAAUACAAACUCCUGGACUGUUGAGAUGGAGUAGAGAGUGAAGUGCCGAAUUUACAGUAUACCAUAAAUGUGUGUUCAGCUUCUGACUGCCUGUGCCCCCACCCCCCAUGGAUGAAUGGAGAUUGUAAUUGAGAUUGUUGUACUUGCUUUUCAGGAGGGAUUGUAACCUCUGCUCCACUGUUUCAGUUAAUUACAGUGUUGGAACCAUGUACAGUAUAUGUCAGUUUGAGGGGUGGGUGGUCCUGAGAUGACUGAGUGAUUUGAAUCUGUGCUUUUGUUUUCCUUUUUAUUUUAAUGUAUGGCACCAGAGGAUUUAUUAUUAUUAUUAUUAUUAUUAUUAUUAUUAUUGUUAUUAAUAUAUUGUAGUUGGCUUGGAUUGUGUGAUUUUGUUUUUUAGGAGAGGUUUGUGCAGGAUUGGCAUGAUGAUUGAUUGAUUGUGUGUGAGCGCACGCAAUAAUCUUUUUAUCUUCCAAUUCUUUUUUUCUCUCAUUAAUUUAAGAAUCAUGUAAAGUUCAUAUUAAUCUGCCCUGACACUUGUUUUAUUUUAUUAUUAGUGUUAUUUUUGGUUUUGUUUUUUUGAAAAGCUUCCAACAAAACGUGCUUUUCGUUGUGUACAAAUGUACACUGUGGAUCAUCCUGCAUACAAGACAGUUGGGACCUUGCGCUGUAGGUUGGAGGUGACCCACGGCUGAUGGGCUCCUCCACAUUAGACAGGGACUUUAACACAGGAGACGGCCCCACUAGUCCCUAGCGACUGGCCAGUUCACUGUUUCGAUGGGCUAAUCUGGACGGCAGGUUUUUUGCAGGUACCCUUGCAAAGACGUCAUUGUUGUCGUGGAUUAGGCUUCGCAAUGACGAUGGCUUUCACGUGUAAUGUAUGUCUGCAUGCUUCGGUUCUGCGCUCCCCAUCUUUGCAAAUCCCCGUGUAACAUACUGCACGUGUGCAAGACGUUGUCUACCCAAGUGGUACUGCAAACACAGUAGACAGGUGAAUUAAUCAAGAAUGGCCAUUAUCCAGCCAGCUAGCUGCUCAAACUCAUCUGUGCAGAGGGAGGAGUCAGGGUCCAGCAUGUGAGCCAGCUAAGGGAACACCCUGAGGUGUUCUGUUUUUUCAGUGAAACUCAGGGUUGAGUCUUUUGUUCUGGGCACCCUCACUGUUGUGUGUGUGUGUAUUUGCACACACACCAGUGGGGUGCCAGUGAGGCAUAGACAUGAUGUCAGUUUUUAAGUCUUUCCUUUCCCUAUGCUGACUACAAACUUUUGUGUUCCUGUGUGUCAUCACAUACUUCAUUCUCAUCAUAGGCUGAAAUGUUUUUUUUUCUUACUCUUAAUUUUAGGAUUGUAUUAUGUGAAUAAAGAAUAAAAUCACAAAAAGUUUAUUUUAAAUUUACAAA